AUGGCGCUCUCGGUGGACAGGCCAGAGAAGCGCCGCAGGCUCGUGGGGAAGCAGAGCCAGCAGACGGCGCUCCUCGAGCACGUCGUCGGCGAGGAGAACAGGAACGCCUCGCGGGAGGUCUACUUGGUGACUCUGCCGCACACGGACAAGGAGGGUCUCAGAGCGCCAGCGGCUUUCUCGCGGGAGGAGGUCCGCGACGCUUUCCUGGAUUGCUGCGGCGCUCCGGACGCCGACCCCGCGUGGCUCGCAAGCCACCGCGGGCAGGGGGCCGCGCCCGUCGGGGUCAAGAAGCUGGUGGUAUUCAAAGAAUACCACGCGCCAGUGGCAGGCGUCCGGCGGGCGCACUACCACGUGGCCUUGCACCUGGGCAAGAAGAGCAAGUUCCUGACCGUGAAGCGGGCCUUGCUCAACAGGUACCAACUCGCCUCUCACUGGUCCUGCAGCCACGACGGGCACUGGUCGGCCGUCGGGUACUGCGCGAACGCGACGCCCAAGAAGCCGCGGAGCGCCCUGGACGUUGACUACUUGGCUUGGCCCGCGGACCACCCGCCGCUGUCCGCGGCGAAGAGGGAGCCGACGACCGCCCGCGCAUUGGAGAAGCGCAGGACCGCGCGGGAGCAGGUCGAGGGCGAGAAGGGGAAGCCAGAGCCUCGCGUCGAGGAAGUGGACCUGUGGCCGAUAGUGGUCAGGUCUGGGAUCCGGAAUACUCCGGACGACCCCCACGCAGUGCGCAAGUUGAUGGCGUACGCUAAGACGUCCUGCUCGCACAAGGUGGUUGCCUGGAUGUUCAAGAACGAGCACGUGCUGGAGAAGAUCAUCGACAAGGCCUGGGCGUGGGAGAACGUGGACAGCUUCCUCGAAGACGCGACGAAACCCGUCAUGCAACAGUUCAAGGAGGCCUUGCGGACGCCUUGCGUUUGCGGCGGCCGCUGGUUGCACCACGUCCGCGAAAGCCUGUCGAUGAAUCGCAUCGACGUCCCCGACCUGUGCAGCAGCAUCUUGAUGUCCCUGAAGCACGGUCGGUCCGAGGCGGCCCCGGUGGUCACCUUGGCUGGGCGCUUCGGCGGAGAGGGGAAGUCUCUUCUCUUCUCGGCGGUUCGGCCGCUGUUCGGCGGUGAGCACGUGCAGGAGAGGCCAGGCGGGGGGCAGUUUUGCCUCCACGGCUUGGACAAGGCCAAGGCCGCGGUGCUGGACGAGUGGAUGUUCAUCGAUGAGGACCUCCCCCUGUCCAUCCAGCUCCUGUGGCUGGAGGGCAAGCCCGUGCCCAUCACCAUGCCCCAGAACCAGCACGUCGGGCACAAGGUGUACAUGGGGUCCGCCCCGAUUUUUGUCACCUGCCCCGAGACGGCGCUGGCGGGCCUCUCGUCCGAGUCGUCGCAGCGCCCGCAGGGGCAGGCUGGCAUGCUGCUCCGGCGGCUGAAACUGUACUUAUUCACUGUGCCGAUUCCCAAGCCGCCGGCCCCGAAGCUAGUGCCGUGCCCGCGCUGUUUCUCGACCCUCGUCACAAGCGAGGCUCUUAAGUUCAAGCCCAAGUAG